AUGUCUCAAGAAAACGACGGAUUCUUCAAAAAGUUCCAUGAAACAAUAACCAACUCCUUGGAUGACGUGACGGAAAACAAUUUCGCUAAUUUAGAAUCCAACACGAAGCGUGUCUCCUACUUGUGCAGUCUACCGAUCGUCAAAAACUAUGAUUUAACUGACGAUUUACAAAAAUGUCAGACAGGCGGCGAUUUUCCAGUGAAAAAAGACUUAGAAAAAGCGCGCCAUUUGAAGGAUCAGGCUAACAAGGCGGUGCAGAAUGGGGAUUGGGCAAAGGCAAUGCAAUUGUACAGCCAAAGCAUGAUUUACAUGCCUGAAAAAGAAACCGAAGAACUUUCCAUUGUUUUGGCAAACCGGUCGGCCGCCCUAAACCAUCUGGAGCAGUAUGAGGAAACUCUGGCAGAUAUCAAACGAUGUCUCGCCCUGGGGUAUCCUCGACAUUUGAGAUACAAGGUUUAUGAGAGAAAAGCCCGGUGUCUUCUCAUUUUAAAGAGAAAUCGCGAGGCCAUCACUGCAUUUCAAGACACAUUAAGUGCACUAGAUGAAGCUACACAGCUGGAUAAAGAGAAAAGGCAAAAGAUGCGUACUGACUCCAAACUCAUGUUGGAAAUUUUGAACAAGGGUCUAGUUCUGGCUGGAAAUCCAAAGGAUCCUGAACCUUUAAAAAAGAUACCACCAACACCGAAACUAUCAGGAAAACAUAACCCUCAAUAUUCCGCCGCUUCAGAAGCCAUCCAAAUAGAUUACGAUGGCGUUCGAGGUCGAUACGCAACAGCCACAAGAGACAUUGAUCCCGGGGAUAUAUUACUGGUUGAGAGACCUCAUAGUGGAGUUUUACUAGCAGAAUUUUCCACUACACAUUGUCAGAAUUGUUUCUUGAAAUGUCCUAUUCCUAUUUCGUGCCCAAAAUGUCCAAACGUGGUCUUCUGCAGCGAUAAAUGUUCAAACUAUGCUCAGAAAUCUUAUCACGGAUACGAAUGUCAUAUUCUUCCUUUGAUAUGGAAAUCAGGAUGUUCUAUAACUUGUCAUAUAGCAUUAAGAAUGAUCACGCAGAACACAAAGGAGUACUUUACUAGAAUUAGCCAAGAAUUAGACAACAAGUUAAGUGGGCCAUAUAAAACUGGGGAUUAUAAAAAUAUUUAUCAUCUUGUGUCUCAUGAAGAAAAAAGAACCAAGCAAGACUUCUUACACAGAACACAGAUGACCGUAUUCCUGGUAAAAUUGCUGGAAUUGUGUGGUUAUUUUGAAGGCCAGCCAAGAAAAGAAAGCGUAGACAUCGUUGAACUUAAAUCUAUGGCCGUAAAUGAGAAAUACAAAGAGGAUGUUGAACUAUUUGGUGGUCUAAUAUUGAAAAACCUACAGAUUUUGAAGUUCAACGCUCACGAAGUGUUUGAGCUCCAGUGUCCUAAACCGAAAGUUGGAAAGAAUAUUAUCAAGCAUGACGGCAAGUCAGUCUUUUUAGCCGGCGCAGUAUUUCCAACUCUUGCACUUUUUAACCAUUCUUGCGACCCUGGAGUAGUCAGGUAUUUUUGUGGUGCAAAGAUUGUUGUACGUGCCGUUAAAAGCAUAAAGAAAGGGGAAGAAGUAUCCGAAAAUUAUGGUCCCAUAUUCACCACAGUUCCGAAAGAGAAGAGACAGGUAGAUUUGAAGGAUCAAUAUUGGUUCGAUUGCAAGUGUGUACCUUGUGAACAAAACUGGCCAUUGUAUGAAGAAAUGACAGAAAAUUAUAUGAGGUUUAAAUGUGACUCGGACCGUCCGUGUCACAAUGUCGUGGCAGUUCCUUACGACACCAAGGAGUUCAUGGUGCAAUGCGGUCUGUGUGGUCAGUACACAAACAUACUAAAAGGACUGAAGGCACUACAACACGCCAGCCACGAGUUUCCUACAGCAUUCCUCUUCUCCGAGCAACUCUUAGGAUCUUGA